GGUCCUCAUCGUUACGGCUUUCCCCAAACCAAAACCCGUUCGGGGAGCCCGGGCGGCCGCCCCUUUCGUUGUACUGAGUCCUUCUUAGUAAGACCCUCCCCCGCCAAAUUAAGAAACGCCACAUGCGAAUGAAACAUCACUCUUACUGGAUUUUGAAUUGCAUUCAUCAUGGGACAGCAAAUUUCUGAUCAGACGCAAAUGGUGAUAAACAAGUUGCCUGAAAAAGUGACCAAACACAUCUCUCUGUUUCGAGAAAGUGGUUCGCUUACCUAUGAGGAAUUUCUGGGGAGAGUAGCUGAACUGAAUGAUGUAACUGCAAAAGUGGCUUCUGGCCAAGAAAAGCACCUUCUGUUUGAGGUACACCCAGGAUCGGAUUCCUCUGCCUUUUGGAAGGUGCUUGUUCGAGUGGUGUGUACCAAGAUUAACAAAAGCAGUGGAAUUGUAGAAGCAUCAAGAAUCAUGAAUUUGUAUCAGUUUAUCCAGCUUUAUAAAGAUAUCACAAGUCAAGCAGCAGGGGUGCUGGCACAAGGCGCUACUACUUCCGAAGGAACUGCCGAAAGCUUGCCAUCUGUGUCUUCCUGUCAGGCCAGCAUUUGGAUGGGAAGAGUGAAGCAGCUGACUGAUGAGGAGGAAUGUUGUAUUUGCAUGGAUGGGCGAGCCGACCUCAUUCUGCCCUGUGCCCACAGCUUUUGUCAGAAGUGCAUUGAUAAAUGGAGUGAUCGACACAGAAACUGUCCUAUCUGCCGCCUGCAGAUGAGUGGGGUCAAUGAUUCUUGGGUUGUGUCUGAUGCACCUACAGAAGAUGACAUGGCUAACUAUAUACUUAACAUGGCUGAUGAGGCAGGCCAGCCUCACAUCCCAUGAAACUGGGGCCUUUUCUUGGUACCUUGGGCUGUAAAUCCCAUUUGGGGUUGGAGUAGAGUACAGGGGCAUCAAUGUCACGAACGCAUGGAAAUCGAUUCCUCCCUUCACCCCAUCUCUAUUUUUGCCACUCUUUCCCACAAUUUAUUCCAUCCCUUUUGAUAAAAUUCAUGAAUCUUUGUCUUGUUUUAAUCGAAAUCUAAAUUACUGUUUUAAAUCUUUGUAUAUGAGCCAGUCUUCUGUAGGAGGUAUCCCAGUAGGUCCGUGGUGUUCACUGAGAAUGCUUUGGCUGCUAGUUAGAGAAGCAUUGUUUGGAGAAACUUCUGAACACUGGGUUAGGGAUGGGCGUGUUAGGUUCUGAUCAGUCCUGAGCGUUCAGUAGUCAUAGCUUUCUGACACACAAACUGAACCCGAUUUAAAACAACUGAAAGGAGAAAAUAAAUCCAAGUGCUCAUUACUACUAAGCUAGUCAUUUUACUGGAAUUUAAGGGGUUGUUAUUGCCCCCUGCUGGUUGAUUGUGACACCAUUAAUGAUGUCUGCAUGAAGUAACCACAAAUGCUUCCUAAUCGAGCAGUUUGUGAUUCAGAGAUAAUAGAUGAUGAAACCUACAUAUUUCAGAGGGAAUAAGAAAUCUAGAGCUUCUGAAAUUAUUUUUGCUGACAAAUAUUUGAGGGAGAACUCAUUGUGGGCUGCUUGGCGGUUUCUAACAUUCCCUUGUGCAAAAUCCUGGGGUUUGAUAGGGACAUUUUUCUUAAUAGAAAAGCUCCAGAUUCUAUAUUUUCAAACUGUGCAUACUGGAAGCAAAUCUCUACUAAAUGAUAAAUUACUCAGUAUUGACCAUGGUGCUUUUUAGUUUCAUGAUUUGGUAGCAUCUUCCUGAGAUUUCAGAAUGCUCGCACUUGGAGGUUAAAAGGACAAGAAACCACUGGUCCUCCCAUAAGUGUAGGACCUUCCUGAAACAGAGAGGAAGUUCAGACUGCUAGGAACGAAAUAUUCAGACACGAAGGAGUAAGAAUACAGUCCUAGGCAGUGUCCUAAUAGCAUUUCAGCCUCCUUUGUGAAAGAGGAAAAUGUUCACAAAGAAAAGCUUUGGUUUAUCUUGACUCUUAACAUUCAGCACUCAUGAAAUAGUUUAAUUUAAAAACAAAUGUAUUGAACCCUCCAAGGAAGCCAUUCUGACCUGUUUAGUUAAAGUUGCAAACAUACAAAUUACCGUAAGCACUGAGGCAGAUGAUUUAUGUUGCUAUUUCAGGAAGUGGCUACAGGAUUGCAUGUAUAAAUAGAAGAUUCUUCAAUUUUUUAGCAAGUGUGCAAAUAAAAUUAAUGAUCCAUUCAUAGAAAAAAACUUGUUCCUUUCUUAUUGGUAUUAUUCUCCCCUCAGAUGUAGGGAAAGGGUCUGGGGAGUGGCUUAUACAGAUUCUGUCCCUUUUCAGAUUUGUGAUUCAGUUACUAGCUGAUGAAUGUUUUAGUGGGCUGAGUGUCCUAGGGCCAAAUCUGGAUUUGUUUUCUGAAUUUGACUUAUAGAGGUGGUCUUUGUAAGACUAAUUCGAGCUACUUUUUAAUAGUCACAUAUAUGUAUACUCUAUAAUACUUUGGCCUUGCUUAAAAAUAGAAUUGCCAAGAAAACCAAAUAGUUUGCUCUCUCAGUUUUAAAAUGAACCGUAGAAAACACAUUCAGCAGUGGUGCCUGGACUUUAUUUGGAUUUCAGUGGCACCCACUGAGUAUGUCUAGAAGUGAGUGCCUGACUUGAGAAAUUGUAUUCUUAAGCAGGCUCUGGUUCUAGGGCAUUCACAUCUUCAAACAUACUUUUCUAAUUGUGAAAUGCCUCCUUUUCCCACUCCUGUUUUUUUCUUGUAAUUCCAUUAAAGGCCAGGACAUUUAUGUUUGGAAUACGUGAAAGGGGCUACAGUUGUAAGGAUGAGGGUCAUAAUGAGAACCACAGCCAUAGAGCGGGGAUGAAAUCUGCACAGGUUUGCAGGCCCCACUCCCCAACUCCUUAAAUAAACUUCCUUGUGUCUUACUUGGCAGUGAGUGUAGGCAAUAACAAUAACCAAUCUAGCGUUUUCAGUUUUCAAAGCACUCUGUAUACAUUAUCUCAUUAAAACCUCACAACAGCCCUGCCAAGGUAGCUCCUCUAGUUUCCCUUAUUUUACAGGUGGGUACACUGAGGUUCAGAGAGGGGAAAUAAUUUGCCCAUGCUAACACAGCUAGUGUCGAGACAGGAUUUGAGUCAAGGUCUUCCUGAAUCCAUCAGCAGGACUCUCCACAGUAUCACACUGAGACCAUCCCCUCAGCAGAAGCACUUUCUUAGGCUGACUUUCACUGUGCCAUCUCUGCAGGCUGGCCUUAUACCAUUUUCUUCUACAUAUAUUUUCUCUUUCAGGGAGUUAAUGACCAGCCGAGAGCACUGAGGAGAUCUGAUAUUAACAAAACCUCUCCCGUUUUGCAAAAUGUGUUCCACUCUAAACACUGACUGCUAUGCAGGAUCAUCAUGUAUUUUCACUAACCUCAUCAAAAUAAAUGGGAAACUGACAACCCCAUUUCUUUGCUGACUCUACUAAGCCUUGCAAUUUUUCCUUUGCAUGUGAAUGAAAUGCAGUUUCUACUGUAGGAUAAGUUGUAAUUUUGCUUAAAGGUGAGGAUGUAAACUUUUUUUUAGCUUAUACUCUUAAAUCUUUUGUAAUUAGAAAGUACUAAAAUGCACUUGCUGUGCCAGGAGGUAGGGACUGUGGUGUAACUUGUGCCUUCUCGAGCUGGUGAUAUCUCUCAUGCACUCACUGUAACGGACAGGUUGUUAAUUGACAAAAUGUUCUUUUCUUAAAUGCACUAAAAAGGUCCCGCAAUCUAUUGAUAACUAUACAAUUUUAAUGUGCUAGGAUGAGUUUGAAUAUGAGCUGCUUGCUGUUAAAAUAGCAGUGCUUCCUUAGUGAAAUGACUUUCUCAAGCUUCUCAAAAGGAAAGUCACAUCUGACUUUGCAACUGGGACAGAUGGAUAAAUUGUGCAAUAAAUAAUUUUUUGUGGAGAGGAAAAGACAGCUAUUGACAAUUGUUUUUUUCAUACGAUUGUGUGGUUUACUGUUGUUAUUAUGUAUUGUAAUUGGUUGGAUCUGUGGAUUAACCAUAAAUUGAUAUUCCUUAGAGGGCUGUUACUUACAUACUGUACAUUGGACUCUAGUGGUAUUUCUGACUGAUUUGUGACCUUUUCUCCCUACUGUUUUAAAAAAAAUCAAUUAAAAUUCACUUUAGCUGGUUAUUGGAACCAGUCCUCCCCGUGCCCAGGGUGCUUGGGGUGAUAAGUAAGGUACUGACAGCAGGUGGUGAACCAGCUGCUGCGUACUGCCCUAGUCCCUAUUGGAAGUAGUUCCAAGUGGUGUUGGUGAAUAAUUGGAGUGCUGGGGAGAUCAGGCUUGUUUCAAACAAUUCAAGUUCCCAUUUUGAUUUUCUUAAAUAAGCCACAUUUACUAUAUUUACCAAAGAAUUGAGAGAAAACCAUUUAAAAGAUAGGGAGAAUUAGCUAACCAUCUGUAUGGUGGGCAUGGGAGCAGAGAUGUCUGUGUGAAUGAAAACACAAGGGCAAUCUCUUGUGUAAGACUGUCUUUUUAUCAUUUGUGGAAAGUAGUAAAGAUAACUGCUACACUA